AUGCCUUUUCUUUCAGAAUUCCGAUAUGUGGAUGGAUUUUGGUUGGCUUUACCCUCGUUUUUCCAACAAAGAUCUCAGAGGCUACACACUCAUGCAUCGCAUUCGACAUACGUAUUUGCAGGGGUUCUUGUCUGGAUGGGUCUCGUCCGAGCGCUGAGGUGGAGGCGGUAUAAUGCCAUCCACCGAAAGUACCUGCGGAAAUGGAAUAACGGUAAGGGGACAAUCACGCCAGAAGAGGCGCAGGAAAUCACUUCGGUUGGUGCUGCCUACGAUAUGCCUCUUUUGCUCAACUAUGCGCUGGCUUUUGCACUGUUCAAGACAUACGCAAUCCCGUCGAUCUCUACUUUAUUGAACAAGACUAAACAGCUUAGCUCGACGGAGAAUAUCUCGAAGCGAUACGCGGAUACCGAACUUCUCAUCGCAACUUAUUUCUUCUGCCCGAUAUCUGGAUAUGUUAAUCCUUCGAUGUAUGGCGACGAUCCUAAGUCCUCCUCCAUGGAUGAUCCACGGGCAAUGAUUGCACUCGCACGCACUAACUAUCUUCAUUCAAAAUACCAAAUUUCAAAUAACGAUUUCUUAUACACUCUUUGUUUGUUCGCACUGGAGCCCAACACUUGGGCAGGCCGUUGGGGCUGGCGGGCAUUAUCUCCUCUCGAGAGACACGCCUAUUAUGUUUUCUGGGCUGAAAUUGGGAGAAGAAUGGAUAUCAAGGAUAUUCCAGAUAGUUUUGAAAGCCUUUCUGCAUGGUCAAAGGCGAGUCGGGCGCUUGGCUAUCUUUUUCUGGCUACGCAAUCUAACCAUGACUUGGCUGGUUUUACGCUUGAAGAGCUGCUUUCGGCUGUACCUGAGUUUGGUGGACUUAAAUCCUUUGCGAGACGAUUGGCGAUUUGUGCCAUGGAUGAUAUUGUGAGGGAAGCGAUGAUGUAUCCGAAGCAGCCAUGGCUGCUUCGGACAGUUGUAUGGUGGUCCCUGUACUCUGUUGGCGUGUUCCAGCGGUGGUUCUUACUCCCUCGAGGUUUUCCAUCUACCCCUGUAAAUGUCACUCAAAACUUCAAAACAGGUGGAGGUUGUCCUCGUCUGCAUCCCAAUAAGUGGGCUGCACGACCGUGGUACAGGCCUGAGCCUACAACUUCAUUUGGAUACUUCACGGAGAAGUUACUAGUGAAAUUAGGAUGGUACUCUGAGAUGCCAAGCAGCAUGUUGAAGAGCACAGGAUAUAGGCUGGAAGAGAUGCGGGCCAUGAGGAGGUUAUGCGAGAGGCAUCCAAACUCCAAGGUCAUCCAGUUUUGGGACCUUGGUCAUUGGAAGGAAGAAAAGGAAUAUACCAACGAACCUAGUCCCGAUAUUUAG